AUGGAAGAGUAUGCUUAUCUUUUCGGUAUACCGAAUUCUGAUAGGGUUCCUUUUUAUGGUUUGGAAUGGAUUUUGGAGUCUCAUGUUAUUGCUGAAGCUAUUCACCUGAACAAAUAUGACGUAAAUUCUAAUCUCACUGUCAAAGGAGGUAUCAGAGGGUUGACAUCAAAAUUUCUGAUUGAGAGAGCCUCUUCUUUUGCUAUUGUUGAUAGCAUGGUGGCCUUUGAAGUUAUUCUUGCCUUACUCAUCUAUGGUUUGGUCUUGUUUCCCAAUAUUGACAAUUUUGGUGAUGUUAAUGCUAUUAGGAUCUUUUUGGUUGGGAAUCUUGUUCCAACUUUGCUUGAUGACACCUAUUUAUCCAUUCAUCAUAGGACUUCUAAGGUAAAUGAAACUAUUGUGUGUUAUACACCAUUGAUGUACAAGUGGUUUAUUUCACAUUUUCCUCAGUCUCAUAUCUUCAAAGAAAACAAGGGUUGUUUAAGGUGGUGUCAAAGACUUAUGUCUCUCACCAAUGAUGACAUCACUUGGUAUUCUUUUAUUUACGAUAAUGUCAAGAUUAUUUAUAGUUGUGGGAAGUUCUCUAAUGUGCCUCUUCCUGGUACACAAGGAGGAAUCAAAUACAAUUCGGCUUUGGCAAGACGUCAACUUGGGUUCGCUAUGAAGGACAAAACUAAUAACACUUUGUUAGAAGAUUUAUUUUUCCAAGAAGGGAAAGACGCUCAAGGAUUGAACGCUAGGAUGGUCCAUGCUUGGCACAAUAUUCAUAUGAAACAAAAAAGUGAGCUUGGAUUGAAGAAUUGUGUAGCUUUGGAGCCUUACACUAGUUGUGUGAAGAGGAGAGCAAAAGAAUUCAAGAUGCCUUAUGCUUAUGAGAGGCCUAUGUCUUUAGUAGUGGCCAAACCAUCCAUUAUUCAUAUUAAAGGAAUAAAGGAGUUGUAA